GGGUAUUGAGCGCCAGCUACGGAAUUUCUUAAGAUUAAGCGCGUGAUUCAUGAAGAAACGGCGUGGGUUCAAAAACAAGGAAUUCGCAGAUGAGUUAUUUGUCGAACAUGAAGAUGAAUGUAAUUUGACUGAUGCCAACAUACUACGAGUGGAGCACGUUAGUUCGAAGAUUAAGCGGCGCAAUCGCAAGAAGACGCUAAAGAAAUUUGAAAAAAAUCAGUUCCUCAAUAUCUGUGACGAAUAUUUAGCUUCAAAAUCCCAUGUUCUCCCUAAGGUCCUUCCAGAAACGUUGCAUCAACCAUGUAGCAACCCUGAAAUUUUAAAUUUCCUAAGUGUCUUUGUAAACAACUACAUCGAUGUAUUUGACGUCAAACAGCUACGAAGAAAACUAUCGGAGUUCUAUGACCCUUCUGCAUACCUAACAUUCCAGAUAGCUCCUUAUGUCUGUCAGUCGUCAUUGGAUAAAUGUUCUGAUAAAAGUUACAGACCAAAGUAUCGACCCCUUUGGGCCACUUAUGAACGUUUCGCUGUUAACAGUUUGCCCGGCGGGUUCCCCCUUCCAUCAUGGGCCUGGUUCGCUAUUAAGGAGGAGUCCAUGCCUCGAAGAUUAAGAGGCCCUAGCUUACCUAAACAGGAUAGGAAACUUCUCAAAUCAUUGAAAGGAUAUCAACUGGGACACAUACAAAGAUUGGUAUCAGUUACACGCUCAGCUUCUAGCGCUCCUGAUCGCUUGAUAGCGAACAUUCCACCCCCACCAGUAGCGCGAAUGGAGUGUCGUGGAGGUGAUCAGGUUCUAGGCUUGCUUUGUCGUUUACCCAACCUUGUACAUGUGAGAAGUGACAGGUACUCACAUUUGGAUGUAAUUUGGGUGGAAGUAGGUGAAUACACUAAAUCUGAUUUUUUUAGUUACCUUUGGUUUGUGUGCGAUACUCAUGUAUUGCAGCUGAACCGGUGCCACAGGAUACACGCCCCAGCGACUUGGAAGGCAUUUCUGAUCAACUGCUAAACAUUGCUCCUCAUGGUAGCUAUGCCAUCCGUUUGGUUUGUCGAAUGCUAAUAUUGCAUCAAAGUGGUAAAAUUCUUCAGGAAGAUUGGUGCGUUACUCCAUUGCCAAGUUCAUAUUUACAGGAGUGUUCACUAGUUAUCACAGAGGCUGUGUCAAAUUUUAUGACUCCAAAAACAUCUACGCUAGUAUCAACUUUCGAAGCGGGUGGUAUACCGGACGACGCUGUUCGUUCAAAAUUGGUUGAUGAGCUUUCCACUGCAACUGGAAUGAAUAAAGCUUAUUCUUUACAGUGUUUAACUGAGUGCCAAUUUGAUAUAGAUUCUGCAUUACACUCAUUUCAAAAAGUACAUGAAGCCGGACUUUUACCCGCCGAAGCAUUUUCACUGAUUUGACUAUUCACAUUGUUUUAGUGUUGUAUUUUUGGAAUUUUUCCCGCAGAUUUUGUAAAUAUAUUUUUACUUUCAACA